UCCAGGGCCUUAUCCCGCCAGUAGAGGUGUAUUAUAGUCUGUUAAUGUGAAAGUGACUGUGUUCCACGUUAACAAUGGGCAUUCUCAGACAAAUUGAGGUUGAAAACUUCAAGUCAUGGCGAGGAAAGCAAGUCAUCGGUCCAUUUAUUGGCUUUAACUGUAUUAUUGGUACCAACGGAUCAGGUAAAUCCAAUGUGAUGGACGCCAUUAGCUUCGCCAUAGGGGAGAAAGGGACUUCUCUCAGAGUGAAGCGCCUCAGUGACCUCAUCCAUGGAGCCCACAUUGGACAGCCGGUGUCAGAGAGUGCCCGUGUUGCCCUGCUGUACCAAGACGACCUGGACAAGGAGAUUGUCUUCUGUCGAAGCAUCUCGGUGUAUUCAUCAGGUGACUCCUCCCAGUAUCACAUCAGUGGCGUUCAAGUUACACUCAGCCAAUACACUCAGGAGCUUGCUAGGAUUGGAAUCGUCACCAAAGCUCAAAACUGCCUGGUAUUCCAGGGGGCAGUACAGUCCAUAGCUCUGAAGAACCCAAAGGAAAGGACACAGAUGUUUGAGUUCAUGAGUCAGUCCAGCGAGUGUAGGGCAGAGUACAACCAGAAGAAAGAAGCCCUACAGAAGGCCAUGGAGGACACGCAUUUUCAGUUCAACAAAAAGAAGUCUGCUGCUGUGGAGAGGAAGCAGGUGUCUCAGGAGAAAUUAGAGGUCCAGAAGUACCAGGCUCUGGUGGAAGAGCUUCACCAAAGGCGUCUGCAGCUGAGCCUGGCUGAGCUUUAUCAUAAUGAGAAGGCCAUCGAGACCACCAGCAAAACUCUCAGUUACAAACAAGAGGCUGCUUCUGCUCAGAAUGCCGCUGUGCUGGACUGGGAGCAGAACAUCAAAACGCACAAGAAGGAAUAUGGACGCCUUGUCAGAGAGCAGCAGCAUAUGGAGAAAGACAUCCGUGUCCAGGAGCACAUCUUGGCCCAGUCUCGGUCUCAGUUCGUCAAAGCCAAGGUCAGCUCCUCCCAUCAACUCAAGAAGAUAGAUGAGCUCAGAAAUGGCAUUAAAAAGAGACAGAAACUCUUGGCUCUGAAGGAGCAGGAGAUUGCUGAGGCCCAGCAGGAUAAAGUGGAUCUGGAGAAGACUUGGAGGAUGUACGAGAGACAAUUUCAGGAGCAGAGACUGUCCCAGGGGAUGGACAUUGAGCUGGAUGAGGAGCAGCGGGAGCGCUACAAAGACCUCAAAGAGCUCGCAAGGAAGCAGAAUGCGGUGCUCGGUCAGCAAGUUGAGAAGCUGCACUGGGAAUUGAAGGCGGACUAUGAAAAGGUGGCAUUUGAUGAGCGCAAAAGGAAGGAAGGGGAGGUUGGCAUCAAGAACAACAAGUCUCAGUUGAAUGAUUUCACUCAUAGAGCAGAGAAGCUGGAGGAUUACACCAAGGCCUGCAAGUCAUCCCUCAGCGAGUUCCACCAGCAGGAAGAAAGUUUGCGAGCAGAGUUACAGCAUGGCUGCCAGCGCACUGCUCAGGUGAACGUAGAGCUGGGAGAGGUUCUGGAGGAGCUUAGGAACGCACGCCUGGACAGCCAGGAGAGCAAACGGCAGCUGCAGCGCAUAGAGAUGCUGGACAAGCUCAGAAGACUCUGCCCCGAAUCUGUGUAUGGCCGCCUGUGUGACUUGUGCAGCCCCAUCCAUAAGAAGUACCAGCUGGCUGUCACCAAGGUGUUUGGUCACUACUUGAGGGCCAUUGUGGUGACUACCGAAAAAGUGGCCCGCGACUGCAUCCGCUUCCUCAAGGAGGAGCGAGCCGAUCCUGAGACCUUCCUGCCCAUUGACUAUUUGGAUGUGAGUCCCCUGAAUGAGCAGCUGAGGGAGAUACCAGGUGCCAAGAUGGUGGUGGACGUUGUAACCUCAAGUGCUCCUCAAUUGAGGAGAGUAGUGCAGUUUGUAUGUGGCAACGCGCUGGUGUGUGAGACUAUUAAAGAGGCUAGGAGCGUCGCCUUCGACAGGAAGGAGCGCCUUAAGACUGUGUCUCUAGACGGGACCCUGUUUGCAAAGUCAGGUGUGAUCUCUGGAGGUUCCAGUGACCUGAGGACCAAAGCUCGCUGCUGGGAUGAGAAGGAUGUAACCAAGCUGAAGGAACGAAAGGAACAAUUGACUGCUGAGCUACGUGAUCUGAUGAGGCUCAAGAGGAAGGAGUCAGACCUGAAUCAAAUCAUUGCUCAGGCUCAGGGUGCUCAGACUCGCCUCAAAUACUCCAAAAGUGAGCUGGAUAACCUCUGGACGAAAAACAUCCCUAAAUGCCAAGGGGACAUUUCUCGUCUGGAGAGUGAACUGGCAAACUUGGACUCUCAGAUCCAGAUGCAGCUGGAGAGUGUGAAAGCAAAGGAAAUGGUCAUUAAGGAUCUGAGAAACCAAAUUGAACAGACCGAAGACUUGGUAUUUUCUGACUUCUGUGCUGACAUCGGUGUGGACAACAUCAGAGUGUAUCAGCAGGAGCAGUUGAAACAGCAGGAGGAGCACGACAGGAAGCGCUUGGAGUUUGAGAACCAGUGUAAUCGCUUGAAUGCCAAGCUGGAGUAUGAACAAGACCAACUAGAGAAGCAAAAGAAGCAGCUUGGUGAAAAGCAGGGGACCAUCAACAAGGAACAAAGUAUCAUCGCUGAGAAGCGGAAGGAUGAGGAGAAGCUGCUGGUGGCCGUCGAAGAAGGUGACAAAAAACUACAGGAGAUGAAGAAUCAGCUGCUGGUAAAGACAAGACAGGUAGCAGCCAUUAAAUCUGAGCUGGAUGAGAAAAACCUGCACCUCCGAGAGAGUAACAGAGGGUUGGUAAAACAUCAGCAAGAGGUGAUGUCUGCAGAGAGCAGCUUGGAGCACAAACGUUUAGCCCGACACAACUUGCUGUUGGCCUGCAAAAUCCAGGGUCUACCAAUAACUAUGCUGUCAGGCAAUCUGAAUGACAUCAGUGAAGUGCAGCUGGACACAGAAUCUGAAAGUACGUCAGCCACAAUGACCAUCUUUGAGAGAGAGGCCCAGCUCGUUGUCGACUACUCUUGCCUGGAAACCAAGACCAGGGACGUGCCUGCAGAGGAGGUGGACGGUUAUCUUGAGAGACUGAGGGAGUCUCUUUAUUCCUUAGAGAAAGAGCUGCAUUCCGCCACCACACCCAACUUAAAAGCUGUGGAAAAGAUGAGAGAGGUGAAGGACAAACUACAGGGGCUGACAGAUGCCUUCAAUGCCUGCACCAGAAUCGUUAGGAAGUGCAACCAAGAGUUUGAACAAGUCAAAGUUUGGCGCUUACAGCUCUUCAACCAGUUCUUCAAUCAUGUGUCUGUUGUGAUUGACCAGAUCUACAAAAGGAUAUGCCGGAACAGCAGCGCUCAGGCCAUUCUGACUCCGGACAAUCCAGAGGAGCCGUAUCUGGGCGGGAUCAACUACAGCUGCGUGGCUCCUGGGAAGCGCUUCAUGUCCAUGGAAAAUCUGUCUGGUGGGGAGAAAGCCAUCGCCGCCCUGGCACUGGUGUUUGCCAUCCAUAGUUUCAGACCUGCUCCAUUCUUAAUUUUGGAUGAGGUGGAUGCUGCUCUUGACAACUCCAACAUUGGGAAGGUAAAGGUGCAGAAAACAGAGCCCUCCUGUGACCAGCUUUAUCAGGGAGGAGACCAGAGACAAUAUGCAGCUCAUCAUCAUCUCCCUGAAGGCGGAGUUCUUCUCCAAGGCCGAUGCCCUGCUGGGAGUUUACUCAGAUUUUGAUGGAUGCAUGUUCAGUCGCAUUGUGACGCUGGACCUUCGUCCCUACCCUUUACUGGAAGACGACAAUGGGACACACACAGACGAAGUCUAGAGAGCACCUUCGACUGGACUGGCAUGAGUCCUCUACUGGUGGUUUCUUUUUUCCAGGUCUUAAACAUUUGCCAGCAAAAAAUGACUUCAUUUUUUCAUUGAAGUAUGUUACAUUGAAGAGUUUUGAACUUUUCCGAAGUGAUUGGUUUUGUUAGCAGGCUGUGUGUUUGAAUUCAGCUGUCUGUGAAAGUUGAAAGUCAAAUUCACUGUUCAAUUUUGUUUAGGAAGAGAGGGAGCAGCUUUAAAUAUACCAUAAUACUAGUUAAAUAAUAAUAAUAAUACUAGUCUUUCUUGUAAUAAUAAUAAAUGAAAAUACCAGUUUGUCCUCCACAGCGUGCCGUAUUUACAGGUGCUGGAUGUUGAUGUGUUAUAAUAUUGCAUAUGUUUUAAAUUACGUUUGUUUCUGUAUAGAAGCUAGACUUUUAUAACAUGUAUGCGCGUUAAUUGAACCGUCACUGUUUUUCAAUUGUCUUUUGUCUCCAGUUGGCCACACGGGGGCGCAAAUGGUCAAUUGACCGGAUUUACCAUAUUAAAUAAAAUCAGUUCAACAGCU